AUGGCUUCAACUUUUCUUUCAAAUUUCACAAUCUUAGCCUCGUUUCUCAUAAUCAUCUCAACCCUAAUCAACCCAUCCUCCGCCACCAUCCCCCGCCGACUCGCCGUCGUCCAAACGCCACCCACAGUCCUCACUUACCACAAAGGCUCCGUCCUCUACGGCAACAUCACCGUCAACCUCCUCUGGUACGGGAAAUUUUCACCCGCUCAGAAGUCGAUCAUUCUCGACUUUCUCAAAUCUCUCAACAACCACCUCCCGCCACCCCCUUCCGCCGCUUCAUGGUGGCAGACCACCCGUCGAUACAAAGGCGGGAAAAGGAGCAUACACGUCGGGAAACAAAUCGUUGAUGAAAAAUACUCCCUUGGGAAAUCGCUUAAAGAAUCCAAUCUCAUUUCUUUGGCUUCUAAAGCUAAAGGCUUUAACGUCAUCAGCCUGGUGCUCACGGCGGCCGACGUCGGAGUGGCGGGGUUCUGCAUGAACCGCUGCGGGACUCACGGGACUACUCGGGUGAACAAAGGACAUAAUUUCGCAUACGGGUGGGUGGGUAACUCGGCAACUCAGUGUCCGGGUCAAUGUGCUUGGCCUUUUGCUCAGCCGAUGUUUGGCCCAAAAAUGCCAUCGUUGGUGGCGCCCAACGGCGACGUUGGCGUCGACGGCAUGAUAAUCAACCUGGCGGCGGUUCUAGCGGGGACGGUGACGAAUCCAUUUGACGGCGGGUACUUCCAGGGUCCGGCUACUGCUCCAUUGGAGGCGGUUACUGCUUGUACUGGUAUAUUCGGGUCGGGUGCUUUUCCCGGGUACCCGGGAACAGUUUUAACGGAUAAAAAGACGAAAGCUAGCUACAAUGCGCAAGGCGUGAACAAGAGGAAGUAUUUGUUGCCGGCCAUGUGGGACCCUAAGACUUCCACGUGUAAAACACUCGUGUGA